AUCCAUUUGCUCGCGCCGUUCUCGCUGCUGCGAUUCAACGAAUCUACAAUGCAUCGAUCAAAGGCAAUCCCGUCGUCUCUCAGGGUCGCAAGCUCUCGGCUUUUGACCCGGCAUGGCUCAACUCGGCAACUUUCGGCACAGGUAACUCACUCUUCUCAACUCUCUUCAUGUCUGUCAUAUGAGCCUGGGUUUUCUCACUUGUUAGAAGCCCAUCAAAAGCAUCGUUCUUCAAAAAUAAACUCUUUGCUGCAAAAGAUAGUGUCAAACGAAUGGUCUAAUGAGUUAGAGGCUGAGUUAGAGAAGUCUAAGUCAGUGUUGACCCAUGGGACUGUUAUCUAUGUUUUGAAGAAACUAGAUAAGGAUCCACAAAAGGCAUCAACUUUCUUCAAUUGGGCGAGGAUCAAAAAUGGGUUUACACCCAGCUCCUCGGUGUAUAGCUUCUUGCUUAGGAUUUUGGCUCGUAAAGAUACUAUGAAGCACUUUUGGAUUACGUUACAGAAAAUGAAAGAGCAGGGAUUUUAUCUUGAUGAGGAAACUUAUUUAACAAUUCAGGCUGUGUUUAAGAAGGAGAAGAUGACGGGUGACAUUGGGGCUUUGACCUAUUUUAAUAAUAGGAUGCUAGAACAGAAUGCUUUGGAUGUGACUGCAAAGAUGGUGGCUAAUGUUGUUUUAGGGGCUGAGUGGAGCAACAAGGUUGAGAAAGAAUUGCAAGAGAUGAAGAUUACUGUAUCGGAUAAUUUUGUGAUAAGGACAUUGAAGGAACUGCGCAAUUACCCUGUGAAAGCUUUGAAAAUUUUCCAUUGGGCUGCUCAGUGUUCGGACUAUGAUCACAAUACUAUUACCUAUAAUGCUGUUUUGAGGGUUCUAGCAAGGCAUGAUUCAGUUGAGGAGUUCUGGAGUUCUUUUGAGGAGAUGAAUAGUUUAGGAUAUGAGAUGGAUAUGGACACUUACAUAAAAAUUUCCAGGCAAUUUCAAAAAUCAAAGAUGGUGGAGGAUGCAGUGAAACUUUAUGAGUUCAUGAUGGAUGGCCCAUAUAAGCCCUCAAUUCAAGAUUGCAACUUACUCCUAAGAAACAUUUCAGGUGGUGGUAAUCCAGAUUUGAAUUUGGUAUUUCGAGUCACAAAGAAAUAUGAGGCAACAGGGAAUUUACCUUCUAAGCCCAUUUAUGAUGGGAUUCAUAGGUCCUUGACUAGUCUUGGGAAGUUUGAUGAGGCAGAGAACAUUUUGAAGGUUAUGAAAAAUGCAGGUUUUGAGCCUGACAAUAUUACAUACAGCCAACUGGUCUUUGGACUUUGUAAAGCAGAGAGAUUAGAAAAAGCCUGUGAAGUGCUUGAUGAAAUGGAAGCUAGUGGAUGUAUUCCUGAUAUUAAGACAUGGACCAUCUUGAUUCAAGGUCAUUGUAAUGCUAAUGCAGUUGAUAGGGCAUUGAUGUGUUUUGCUAAGAUGAUGGAGAAGAACUUGGAUCCUGACGCUGAUUUGUUGGAUGUGUUAAUCAGUGGUUUCCUUAGUCAGAAAAGAAUAAAUGGUGCAUACCAGCUACUUGUUGAGAUGGUAAAGCAAGCUUGCUUAAGACCUUGGCAAGCAACAUUUAAGAAACUUAUUGAGAAGCUGUUAGGAUUAAGAAAAUUUGAAGAAGCUAUGAACCUCCUCUAUUUCAUGAAGAAGCAAAGCUACCCACCCUACCAUGAACCUUUCAUCCAAUAUAUUUCUAAGUUUGGGACUGUGGGGGAUGCUUUAGAAUUCUUGGGAGCAUUGACUGUGAAGGAUUAUCCUUCAUCUGCAACUUAUCAUUAUCUUCUGAAGGCAUUUGUUAAGGAAGGUAGAUUUUCAGAGGCCCAAGACGUGCUAUACAAGUGCCCUCAUCACAUUCGUACUCAUCCUCAAAUUUGUGAACUCUUUGGUUCUGAAAAGAUUGUUUGAUGCACCAAAUACAAUGGUUGUUAAUGUUUUCAUUUUCUUUAGUGUUUUCUCUCUUUCUUAUUUUUCUGAAGCAUGUUAAAUACUUGGCUCAAAGAGAGAUUCAAGGCAUUUUUUUUUUUUUUUUGCCCUUUAUGUAUGUGGGAAGAGCCUAUUAGGAAAUUACCAUGUAGUUACAUUGUGACUAAUCUGCUUCUAUGGUGCAAAACUUUAAACUA